UGCAGAGUCUAACAUUACUUUAAUAGACCUCAUCUCCACCCACUUUUAGAUCUUCGGAUUUAUUUUCCUGCCGUCACGCAAUGGCUCCCACUCAUCGUCGUGGACCUUGGGUCCCUGAAGAGGACCAGUUGCUCCUUCAGUUGGUGCGCGAACAAGGCCCGAACAACUGGGUUCGCAUCUCUCAGCAUAUGCACUAUCGCUCUCCCAAGCAAUGUCGGGAGCGCUUCCACCAGAACCUCAAGCCCUCCUUGAACCGGGAGCCGAUCUCCGCGGAAGAGGGUCUGAUGAUCGAACGGAUGGUCAACGAAAUGGGCAAGCGUUGGGCCGAGAUCGCUCGGCGCCUGGGAAACCGCAGCGACAAUGCGGUCAAGAACUGGUGGAAUGGCAGCAUGAACCGCAAGAGAAGAGGCCUCCCCACCGGCUCGCCGCACGCUGGUCGCACCAUUCACGGCCGGGUCGAAGCCCCAUAUGCGCGGGCUUCCCUCAUGAGCAGCCCCAUCAGCCGCUCCCGCUACUCCUCUAUCUCCAACGACCGCCCUCUAACUUCCUGGACCAAGUCGCCGUCUUCUCGGCGCGAUUCGAUCUCGGCGGCUUCGAUGGACUGCCCUCGGCAGUUGACCCCGAUCUUCACCCUUCCUGCUCUCAACCGUCCUGUGGAAACUCCUCUGACGUCGCCUGCCUUUUCCGAAACUCCUUCAAUGGAGCCUCCGUCGAUGAUUUCCGACCACAACUCGGUUUCUUCCUCCUCCCCGCGGACCAUCGCCUCUCCCCAGCUUCUUCCCCUUCCAGUGGACAUGCGAUCAUAUGAUUUCCGCCGAUCGAGCGGCGCCGACGAACUCUACGGCUAUGCGCCGAAGCCUCUGGAAUCCUUCUCCGAACUGUCGUUGAAACAACGAUGGAUGGCCGAUCACCAGCACUGGAGCCAGCAGAGUCCUCUGUCACCCACCUGGGGCGCCCCCAUGGAAGACAAGACGGAAGCCCCGCGCGACUCGCGCAUGGGACUGCACAACCUGCUCAACUAACGAUGGCCUUGCUGGAAUGAUCACGACUUUCUUCUGUUUAUUGGGAAUUUUAUGUACAUGACCUCCGACCCUUGUCACUCCUUGUUGGCAUAAUUUCCUUUGUAUUAUAUCUCAUCCUGUAUAUUUGGUUUUGGGGGCUCCACGGCGGGUCACGUGGAUACCCGGUUUCCUUACGGUACCAAAAGCAUCUUCUUUGUGGGGAUUCUUGGGUUUAAUAUUGUUAGAGGGGUUACUUUGGUGUAUAUUUGGAUAUGGAAUGGCUACUGGGCUGGAAAUAAUACCCUGUUAUAUGAUAAUGAUAAUACAUCCUCACCGAACCAAUACUUUCUAGAAUAACCCCAUUCCAUCUAACCUCAAUCUAUAACUACUAAA